AUGAUCAUCAUCAUCGCUGCUCUCAUUCUUACUACACUAGCGGCACCAUCAUCCGAGGUGACGUCAAAGAGCAAAUGCGAAUAUUUUCUGCAAAAGAUUCCCGGGAUGAAUCCCCUAGUGCUCACCGAUUCGAAUGGCAAGAAAUGUCGAGGUGUGGUGGAGAUUCCCGUCUGUCGUGGAUACUGCAAGACGUCUGAGAGUGGCACCUAUAUGAUUUCCUCAUACGGGUAUCGCCAUCCGCUGUCUUUGUUGUCUACGAGGUAUCGAGGUUGGCGCUGCAACUUCCUCAUGAUGUCACAAAAUUGA